AUGGAAGAACACAAGGAAUGCGACGCCAUAGGUUCGCAAUCACAAAAAAGGAACCACAUUCAUCGUGUUUAUUUCGUCAAGUUUCAGCCAUUUCCUGAUGAAAUGGAAAAAGAAGAGGCCGAAAAUCAGUAUAAGUUGCUGGGUCUUGCUCAAUCCAGUAUCAACGAAGACAUAAAUCGACUAAAAGCAGAUGAACUUCAAAUAAACCGGAAAUUAAACUGGUUUUCACGUUGUGAUGAAUAUAUACAAUGGAAGAGACAAGAAAUCGAGAGUCUUCAAGGUUGUCAUGGUAAAGUCGAACCUCCUUUGCCGGAAAAAGAUGAUCAGAAACGCUGCCAUAAAAGACUGAUCAAGGAAGGGAAGCUGGAUACGGAGUAUUUGCAACAAGUUCAGGAAGAACUUCUAUCUUCAAAGAAAUCCGGUGGAAUGAAUUCUUGUGGUAGACAAGAACUUAAAUAUCUGGUCAAAAGCAUGUCCCAAAGGAUCCAACAUGGAAACACGAAUAGUAGGGCAGAUGAAAUGAGAAUUUAUCACGAAACAAAAAAUGUAAAUGAAACAAGAGAAAUGUACACUGCACCAGAAUCUGAACCUCAUAGUCAUUGGCAUUCAAGAGAACGGAAAUCGAAGCGAGAUAUGGAUUGUGAGAGAGCUAUGCAACAUAAGAUAAAGAUUCGGUUAGACGACAUUGAGGACAUGAAAAUGGAUCUAAGGGGACGUAAAGCUAGAGUUGCACGACUUAAAGCUGAUUUGGAACUUGUAAGAAAGAGCAUUGGUUGUUUACACAAGGAGCUUGAAGAAGUUAAUACAAAGAGAUCCAAAACCUAUAAACGUGCUUUUGAGCUUGGGGAACAAAAGAAAGGACUGAGAUACGCAAACGCACUUAUACGAAAAGGCGAUGUUGUUGGACUAAAACAAGUAUGUGAAACACAGGUUCAAGGGUUCAUGAGGCAGUGGACCAACAGUAAAGCAUUCAGGGACGAUUACGAGAAAAGAAAGCUGGUGUCGAAGAGUUAA